UCUUUAACCAGUCUCCUGGGAGUAACCCCUUUAGUGAGCUGGAUCCCAAGAUCCACAGUAUUCCACAAGGACAGGUCCAUAGCCUCCACGACUCUGAAACUGGGUCUUCAGGUGCCAGCAAUUCCUGUCUCUCUCUCUCUCUCUGGAGCAGGUCCAGCUGAGCCAGACUCCUGUGAGAGCCUUUUUCCCGUCCUUCAGGGUGCAAUGCUCUUCAGUAAGUAUCUGCAGCAACACCAGGCACUCUUUUGAUAAUAACAUAACCUUUUUAGUCACCUGGAAUACAGCACCAAAAGUCUUCAUGUUAGCAUGAGAGAGGCUGGUUUAGGACAGAGUUCAUGGCAGUGGAAGCCAGGGCUUUGCCAUGCUCUCCUUCUUCCUGAACUCCAUCUUCACUCUCCCCCAGACCUUUGUCCCUGUGCCCGUCCCAAAUUUCCCACUGUUUGUCUGUGAACCCUCUUCUUAGCCCAGGCUCCUGAUAUCUUUUGUCUAGUGUCCUCCUGCUGCAAGCCACACUGAGUUCACAAGGCCAGCCAGCCUUGGACUCUCAGUUGCUAGGUGCUAAAAUUCUGGUCACCAGCUCUUCCUUUGUCUCCUCCAGAUUCUCCAUUUACAUUUGUAGGUCAUAUGUAGUUCAUGUUAAUGAUUCUGGUCUCCAUCCAUGCAGCUAAAGUGACUCAAACACCCAUUGCUUCCCUUUACACUCAGUGUAUGGCAAUACAAAGCUCACAGGGAAACCAAGCUACACCUAUGGACCAAAAAUAAAUUUUGCCAACAAUUUCCAUGUUCAUCACAGGAGCCUAGGACUGGCAUAGCAGGGGGCUGCAGGGCAGGACUGAGGGGCAUUGGCAGAGCUGUGUGGGGAGCCCAGGACUGAAAUUGUAGGGGUGUGCAAGGCAGGACUAAGGCACAUCAGCAGGGCUGUAAAGAGCAAUUGUCCAACUCUAUUAAUUUCAUGAAAUGCUUGUUUCGAUCUCUGUGGCACUGCAGUCAUUUUAUUAUCUUUUUAGCUUGAUAAAGUAACUAUAUUUGUCUGAACUGAUGUAAGACCCUGGGAAGUAGAAACCUGGUAGGACUUUGGGUUGGGGAGAUAACAUCCUCUGGGAGGUAUAAAGGGGGGUGAUUUCUUCAGCAAAACCUGUCACAGCUGACAGUGCUCACUAACAGUGACGCCAUGAAGUUUCUCCUGAUUCUUGCCUGCCUAGGAGCAGCAGUUGCUGUCCCUGUUGAUGAUGAUGACAAAAUCGUGGGGGGCUACACCUGCUCUGUCCCCUACCAGGUGUCCCUGAACUCUGGGUACCACUUCUGCGGGGGCUCCCUCAUCAACAACCAAUGGGUCGUGUCAGCUGCUCACUGCUACAAAUCCCGUAUCCAGGUGAGGCUUGGGGAAUUCAACAUUGAUGUAUUGGAAGGGGACGAGCAGUUCAUCAACUCCGUUAAAGUAAUUCGCCACCCCAAAUACAAUUCGUGGCUCCUGGAUAAUGACAUUAUGCUGAUCAAGUUGGCAACCCCAGCUGCCUUGAACUCCCGUAUCGCAACCAUCCCUCUUCCCUCUGCUUGUGUGGUUGCUGGGACUCAGUGCCUGAUUUCUGGGUGGGGAAACACCCUCAGCAGUGGCUCUAACUACCCUGAGCUUCUCCAGUGUCUGGAUGCUCCAGUCCUGACUGAUGCUGAGUGCAAUGCUGCUUACCCAGGACAAAUCACUACAAACAUGAUCUGCGUGGGAUUCCCUGAGGGUGGCAAAGAUUCCUGCCAGGGCGAUUCUGGUGGCCCAGUCGUGUGCAGCGGUGAGCUCCAAGGAAUUGUGUCCUGGGGGAUUGGGUGUGCUCUGCAGGGUUAUCCUGGAGUCUACACCAAGGUCUGCAACUAUGUUGACUGGAUCAAGAAGAUCAUUGCUGCCUACUAGACAUUCAUCUGCUGGUUUCCUGGUGACAUUUCCUUCCCUCCCCCUUCAAUUCAUCUUUGAAAAGAAUAUGGCACAAAUAAAAAGAUAUAUUAGCUGUA